GUUUUGGCGCCAAAUAAACAAAUGAAAUUAUCAAAAAGUGUGUUUAUGUGUUGUGCAGCUGUCGAGUUCAUUUGCAUUUAAGUUUUCUUGUUGAGCUAAUUUGAUUUUACGCAAAAUUAAUAAUAAUAAAAAGUGUCAAAAAUGUCGCGACGUGAUUAUAUACAAGACAAAGAAUCGGUAAAGACAUUCCUAUCGGAAUUCUGCAAGGAAGACGAUAACGGCAAGAAACAGUUCAUUUAUGCUAAUCAACUUGUGAAAAUUGCGCAUCGUGAACAGAUACUUAUCACGAUUGAUUUGGAUCAUGUAUCGGAAUUCAAUGAAGAUCUCGCUGAAUCAAUUAUUUCCAACAGCCGUCGUUAUGCCAGCAUGUUCAGCGAUGCCAUUGCUGAGCUGUUACCCAGUUUCAAGGAGCGUGAAGUGGCCGCUAAAGACGCAUUGGAUGUUUAUAUCGAACAUCGUUUGAUAAUGGAACAACGUACACGCAAUCCAAUGGAACAACAUGAUCAACGUAACAACUUUCCACCAGAGUUGAUGAAGCGAUUUGAAGUAGCUUUUAAGCCACAUUCGAAUGAAAAAGCAAAAUCCAUACGUGAAAUCAAAGCGGAACAUAUUGGUAAACUAGUAACCGUACGUGGUAUUGUGACCCGCUGCACGGAAGUAAAACCAAUGAUGGUUGUAGCAACAUACACUUGUGAUCGUUGUGGUUCUGAAACAUAUCAGCCGGUAAAUUCGCUCAGCUUUAUACCAGUACAAGAUUGUCCCUCCGAUGAUUGUCGCGUUAAUAAAGCAGGCGGCCGUUUGUACUUGCAAACGCGUGGAUCCAAAUUCGUCAAGUUUCAAGAAAUAAAAAUACAGGAGCAUAGCGAUCAAGUGCCCGUCGGACAUAUACCGCGUUCAAUGACAGUUAUGUGUCGUGGUGAGGUAACACGCAUGGCACAACCAGGAGAUCAUGUACUGAUUUCUGGCGUUUUCUUGCCAUUGAUACGUUCCGGUUUCCGACAGAUUAUACAAGGUCUACUCUCUGAAACAUUCCUGAGCGCAUAUCGCAUUGUUUGCAUCAACAAGAAUGACGAAGCAAGUGACCAAGAGAGCGAACUAACAGCCGAAGAAUUACAAGAAUUGGCGCAAGACGAUUUCUAUGAGCGUUUAGCUACUAGUUUAGCGCCGGAAAUUUACGGUCAUUUAGAUGUAAAGAAAGCCUUACUGCUACUUUUGGUCGGUGGUGUGGACAAGCGUCCGGAUGGCAUGCGCAUACGUGGCAACAUAAAUAUUUGCUUGAUGGGCGACCCCGGUGUGGCCAAAUCGCAGCUACUCAGCUAUAUCAGCCGUCUUGCGGUGCGUUCACAAUACACCACCGGUCGUGGUUCAUCGGGUGUAGGUCUAACCGCCGCCGUAAUGAAAGAUCCACUCACUGGUGAAAUGAUGCUGGAGGGUGGCGCUUUAGUGCUCGCCGAUUUAGGUGUGUGCUGCAUUGACGAAUUUGAUAAAAUGGCGGAUCAUGAUCGUACAGCUAUACACGAAGUUAUGGAGCAACAGACUAUAUCUAUUGCCAAAGCAGGCAUUAUGACCACGCUGAAUGCACGUGUCUCCAUUUUGGCAGCAGCCAAUCCAGCUUUUGGUCGUUACAAUCCACGUCGUACAGUCGAACAGAAUAUACAAUUGCCCGCUGCUUUACUGUCACGUUUCGAUUUACUCUGGUUGAUGCAGGAUAAACCAGAUCGUGAUAAUGACUUGCGUUUAGCUAAGCAUAUCACUUAUGUGCACAGUCAUAACAAACAACCGCCGACUAGAGUUAAAGCGCUCGAUAUGAAUCUUAUGCGUCGUUAUAUUAAUUUGUGUAAACGUAAGAACCCGACCAUACCAGAUGAGUUGACGGAAUACAUUGUGGGCGCUUAUGUUGAGCUGCGACGUGAGGCGCGUAAUCAGAAGGAUAUGACUUUUACAUCGGCUCGUAAUCUUUUGGGUAUUUUACGUCUUUCUACAGCUUUGGCACGUCUACGCCUGUCGGAUAAGGUGGAGAAGGAUGAUGUGGCUGAAGCUUUGCGCUUAUUGGAAAUGUCUAAGGACUCGCUUAAUCAACUGCAUGAGCAUCAAAAGGGACAUAUACCCAACACAUCGGACAAGAUAUUCGCUGUUGUACGCGAAUUGGCUGGUUCGAGUAAUACCGUUAAAAUUGCCGAUGUCAUUGAUCGCUGCACCACCAAAGGCUUCAAACCAGAUCAAGUGGAUAAAUGCAUUGAGGAUUAUGAGGAAUUGAAUGUGUGGCAGGUCAAUAUGGCGCGUACAAAGAUUACUUUUAUGUAAUACAUUUACGUAAAUACCUAUCUACAUAUGGAUAUAUGACGUAAUGUUAGCACCUUUAAGUACAUACAGACAUAUACAUAUAGCGCAUUUUUUGUUUUCUUCACCAAACAUACUUACUUCAAUUUCAUCUUAGUUACAUACAUAUAUACAUACAUGCUUUUUUGUAUUCAUUAUUACUAUAAAUGUUUGUCAUUUUGUGCGCAAUCUCAUGUUGAAUGCGUACAUAUAUUACAUAGAUGAUUUUUGUAGUUUCACAAUUAUUAAUAAAUGUUUUUAAAAUAAAAAGCAUAA